AAGGAAUAACGAUGACCUCAUCUUGACCUGAGCUGGCUGAGUGAGCAUAAUGGCCGAAUCUGGAGCCGGUGAAGAUUGUAAACAUGACGAAGAAAAUAGUAAAAUGUCGGACGAAGAAUCAGAAUUCGAAGAUCAGGAUAGCAUUUAUGAAGUGGAGAAGAUCGUCGGAAUAUCAAAAGAAGGGGAUAAGACAUUGUACAAGGUGAGAUGGAAAGGCUAUGGAGUAGAUGAUGACACCUGGGAGCCCAAAGACAAUCUCCUCACAUGUGAAGACCUGAUAGACGAGUAUGUCGCCAAGGAAGAGAAGAAAAAGGCAGCCAAGAAAAUUAAGGGCCAGCCCCAAGAGAAAGAAGUCAAAGCCAGUUCAGGUAGUAAGGAACGGCAAGCUCCAAAACGGGGCGCCGGGCAGCCUAAGAACAAGAAAAAACGGAAACGGUCUCGGUAUGAGGAGGAGGUUCCGGCUGCGGAGGAGCGAAGAGACAGAAAGAAAAGCCACAGUACAGAUGAGGAAGAAGAUGCCGACAACGAUGAUGACAAUGAUGAUGAUGAUGAAAAAGGGGGUGGGGAUGAGAGUGAUGGGAAGAGGGGACGACGAUGGAUGGGGAGGGGGGCGUGA